UCACACUCCCGCGGGAUGCACCUCCUCGGAGUCCGCGCUGCGAGCACUCUUGCGGUGGGCGGGCUGCUGCUGGUGCUGGCGGCGGCGGCGGCGGCGUGCGAGGAGGCGGCGGCGGCGGCGGUGUUCACGGCGCGGGUGGACGGCUUCCCGCAGCCGGGCGUGGCGGCGGUGACGGUGAAGCGCGUGCUGAAGGGCGGGGCGGGGCGGCUGCGGCCGGGCGGCUCGGCGCUGGUGCGGCUGCCUGGCCUCCAGCAGGAGCCCUGCUGGCCGGCGAGGCCCCUGCGAGCCAGGGACACCCGCCUGUUCCUGGCCGGCUCGCCCCUGCAGCCCCUGCAGCCCCUGCAGCUGAUAGCACCGCCCCUCGUGCUCACCCGGGCCUUGCUGGAGCGCGCGUCGGCCGCCGUCAGAGAGACGUACCCCUGCUACUACCUCGGCGCCGGGGAAGACGGCAACCCGCGCAGCACCAGUGCCGAGACGUGA